ACAAAAGGCAUUAGCAUACAUCUUCAGCUAGAACGGGCCGUCCCGGAGCGUAAAAAUGUCUGAGAGCAAGGACCAGCUGAAGGAGAAGCUCAAGGCGGACCCCUCGUUCCGUGCUGAGCUCAAGGACCGCAUUAAGAAUGCCCUGCUGUCCAAGGUGCCCGCGUCGGUGCCUAUCUCCUACAAUUUCGACAGCUACAUGCUCACGGAGGUGCAGCCGGGCCAGCUGCGCGUUCUGGAGGUGGACGAGCGCCUCGUGCUGCCCACCAACACCCUCAUCCGUCUGCUGGUGACCGCCUCGGAUGUGCUGCACAGCUGGGCUGUGCCUGCUCUGGGCGUGAAGAUGGACGCGGUGCCGGGUCGCCUGAACCAGGUCUGGAUGUCCAUCAACCGUGAGGGCGUCUUCUACGGCCAGUGCUCUGAGCUCUGCGGCGCGAACCACUCGUUCAUGCCUAUCGUGGUGGAGGCCAUCAGCCCCCGUCAGUUCCUGACCGAGUACGUGAAGAAGUGGAUCUCGUAAUCUGGUAUGGAGCUCUGGACAGGAGAGCAGCGGUCCCUCAGGGACGUUACAGCUUAACAUCUGACCUGUGACCUGUGUGAUUGUGAGUAGAGAUAGUUCAACCAGACGUAGGUAGGAUAUAUCCGAUGUUGGAAUGCGGUGACGUUUGGGGAAGGCGCCGGUGGGGAGGGUGUGCGCCGUGGGUGCGUGCCGCCGGGCGUGCCGGCUUGGUGGUGCUGCAACGUGGCACCUCGGGACCUGGAUGCUGCCUAUCGGCCGCCGACCGACAAGACUUUUCAGAUAGAUGCUUGGUAACGUGAGAACUGUAGCGCAGUAGGUAUGUGGCGGCUUGGGACACGAGCAGAUGCUCUGUGGAGUUGUAGGUCCGUAUGUGUCGGACGUGGCGUCCGGCAAACCGGCGGUGGCGUAGCCAUCUUGUAAUAUUACGUGAGCCUGGUUGACGGCGAAGGUUGGGGAAAACGUCAGGGUAGCAAAGACGGAGCCGUGAAGAGGCAGGCGUAUGGGGUUCCAACGCCGUCUGUUGACAAGAUGCUUAUGCAGCGAGGGUGCGUGAGUGGGGGCCUGAGAGGUUCGUUCCGCGCAUGCACCGCCCAGCCCGCCAAGGAUAGCUAUCUGCUCCGUUUGCUUCUGCUGAGGUUGUCCAUGUGUCACCGGAGCCCUGGGCACACGGCACACAAAUGCCGCGGGCCCUGUUUCAUCUGCACUCUUCCAGCCCUGGCCUUGCUGAUUGAGGAGAACUGGGAUUGGGGCGCGACGGGACGGGUGGCAAAGCAACGGACGUGCUUGGUUUCACAGUUUGUGUGUGUGCGCGUGCGUCUGUGCGCGUGCGUGCAUGUGUGUGUGGGGGGGGGGGGGGGACUGCCUAAUCUCGUGCCGCCUG